AUGUAUGCGACCACUAACAAGAGCCACUUUAAACUAGCAGAUGCCACCGUCAAGUCGAAAAGAGAUGUUAUCCUUCAGCCUGUCUCACCACUCUUCCAGCGUGGAGACCAGAAAUCCCUGGCAAAGUACCAGACAGAGACAGCGCUGUCCUUCCCGUCUCAUCCACCAGCCCCAGUCAUCCAGCCAAACCUGACCCACCUCACGAUGCAGAGCACCAACUUUAAACUGCAUUCAGAGGACAGGUGUGGAGACUGUGAGACCACUCACUCUGACUUAAAGCACUUGCCGAUGUGUGCAGCCAAAAUAAUUCAUCCCACCACUGCAGUCAGGACUAGUCUGCCGGAGGGCAAAUAUCCUGAACCCACUUAUAGGUCUUCCUACAUCAGACAUAAAGUGUCCCGGAUCUUCAGAGCAAAGCAAUCGGCGAAAACAGGUGUCGGAUCUAGUCUAAUUAUGGACAGAAGGGACAGGUUCAGAUCCAGUUAUCAUGAGCAGUUCCAAUACAGAUGGUAUCCUUGUCCUCAGUCCGCAGAGAAGCAACAAAUUCAGUAUCCAUCUGUGGUGAUGGGAGACCGAGAAAAGACAGUGGACAAACAAACAACAUAUUUCACCUCAUUCGGACAGUCAGGUGACCACAGCUCUACUGAAUUCAAGGAAUGUCUGCUUCCCAAGAUAAAUAAAUCUCGGCCCAUCAACCUUCGGGAAGUUCCUGAAGACAAAUGGACAACAAACUCAUCUGAGGAAUUUCGUGCACACAAAUGUGGCCCUAUUCACUUAGAGCGCAGAUGCCCGACUCUCAGCUGUGUGUUCAAAGGAGAGACGCUCACAGGCGAACAGCAGAGACUGUCAACAACAAACCAGUGCUUCUUCCCAAAGAUAAACCGCUCACAGUUCCCAGUGCACGUGGAUGGAGCCAGCGUCAGAACUCUCAGCAGCAUUGAAUUUGGGAGGCCUGAUCUAGUUGGAAGCUUUUAUAGCACAGCAACACAAGAGCAGUUCCCACCAAAAGAGGUGGUCCAUCCCAAGCCUCCAGUCUACCCACCGAGCCAUGUGCUGUUUGAGCAAGAGCCAGAUCAGAUGAUUACAACCAUGCAAAAAGAUUUGGUCCCAUUGAACUGUAGAAGACAGAAAAUGAGCCCCAGCCAGCUUCAGCAGGUUAAAGACAGCCAUAUAAAGCCCCGGCACAGCAAACAUGACUUCAGGACAACCCACAACGAAGCAUUUGUGCCCAAACCCUACCGCAAGGCAUCCCUGGCAAAGCCACCUCUACAACACAUCAGCCAUAUGCCUUUUUGA